CCCGCCGCCCCCGCCGCCCCCCGCGACCACGAACGGCCGGCCGCAGCCCCCAGGCCGGCGGGCCCGCGGCCGCUGCCCGUGCUGGGCUCGCUGCACCUGCUGGGGCAGCACGCGACGCCCUUCGAGGCGUUCACGGCGCUGGCCAGGCAGUACGGCGACAUCUACCAGCUGACGCUGGGCGCCACGCCGUGCGUCGUCGUCAACAGCUACCCGCUCAUCAAGGAGGUCCUCAUCACCAAGGGCGCGCACUUCGGCGGCCGCCCCGACUUCAUCCGCUUCCACAAGCUCUUCGGCGGCGACCGCAACAACUCGCUGGCGCUGUGCGACUGGUCGGAGCUGCAGAAGACGCGGCGCAGCAUCGCCCGCAUCUACUGCUCGCCGCGCGCCGCCUCGGCCCACUACGACCGGCUGGAGCAGGCGUGCGCGCGCGAGGCGGCGGCGCUGCUGGCGCGCCUGGGGGCGGCGCUGCGGCCGCAGCCGCCCGCCCGGCCCGUGCACGUGAAGCCGCUGCUGCAGGCCGCCUGCGCCAACAUCUUCACCAGCUACAUGUGCUCCGCCUCCUUCGACUACGACGACCCCGGCUUCAAGAAGAUGGUGCGCACCUUCGACGAGAUCUUCUGGGAGAUCAACCAGGGCUACGCGGUGGACUUCAUGCCGUGGCUGGAGCCCGCCUACCGCGGCCACAUGCGCCGCAUCUCCGACUGGGCGGCCGAGAUCCGCCAGUUCAUCCUGUCGCGCAUCAUCGAGUCGCACCGGCGCUCCCUGGACCGCGCGCAGGGGCCGCGCGACUUCACCGACGCGCUGCUGCUCUACCUGGAGGAGGACCCGCUCCUCAACUGGGAGCACAUCAUCUUCGAGCUCGAGGACUUUCUCGGUGGUCACUCGGCCAUCGGCAACCUGCUGAUGCUGGCGCUGCGGGCCGUCGCGCAGCACCCCGAGGUGGGCGAGCGCAUCCGGCGCGAGGCGGACGCGGCCACGGGCGGCGCGCGGCUCGUGUCGCUCUUCGACAAGCCGGCCAUGCCCUUCACCGAGGCCACCAUCCUGGAGACGCUGCGCACCGCCUCGUCCCCCAUCGUGCCGCACGUCGCCACGCAGGACACGUCGGUGGCCGGCUACGCCGUCGACAAGGGCACCGUCGUCUUCCUCAACAACUACGAGCUGAACAGCGGCGAGACGUACUGGGCGCAGCCGGCCGCCUUCCGGCCCGAGCGCUUCCUGUCGGCCGACGGCGGCGCCGUCGUCAAGCCGGAGCACUUCAUCCCGUUCAGCACGGGCAAGCGCACGUGCAUCGGCCAGCGGCUCGUGCAGGGCUGCGCCUUCGUGCUGCUCGCCGCGCUCCUGCAGACGCACGACGUCGCGGCGCCGCCCUCCGGCGAGAUGCAGACGUUCCCGGCGUGCGUCGCCGUGCCGCCCGACACCUUCCCGCUCGUCUUCACGCCCCGCCAGCCCGCCGACUAGGCGC